CAAAACUCAACACAAAGUUACUGAAAGGUUUAAGAAGUAAAUUAGGAAAAGCGGUUGGAAAAUUCCUAAUUUAUAAUCGGAUUCCAGCGAAUGUAGCUGACUCUCCAUUUAUGCAGCCUAUGCUUGAUAUUGCUGCAGAGGUUGGAAAGGGGGUGAAGGGUCCAUCACCCUAUGAGAUAUCUGAAAUUUAUUUGGAGCAAGAGUAUCAAGAAAUGAAAAAUUAUAUAGCUUCUUUUGCUGGAAUUUGGAAGGAAAGAGGUGUAACACUUAUGUGUGAUGGUUGGUCAGGACCAACUAGAAAACACAUUAUAAACUUUUUAGUUUAUUGUGAUAGAGGCACCGUGUUUCAUAAAUCAGUUGAUGCCUCUGAUGUGCCAAGCAGAACAGCUGAAUAUUAUUUCAGAUUAAUGGAUGAGGUGGUUGAAGAAAUUGGAGAGGAGAAUGUUGUCCAAGUAGUGACUGAUAAUGAAGCUGCAAUGAAGGCAGGAGGAAAAUUAUUAAUGCAGAAGAGGCCCAAUCUCUAUUGGACAGCAUGUGCAGCUCAUUGCAUAGACCUUAUUCUUGAAGAUAUUGGUAAGAAAAGUAACGUGAAGAAGGUCUUAGAAGAUGCAAGAACAAUAACCUCAUUUAUUUACAACCACACAUGGACAGUGAAUUUCAUGAAGAAAUUCACAAAUAAUAGAGAGUUACUUCGCCCUGCCAUCACUCGAUUUGCCACAAAUUUCAUUGCUUUGGAGACUAUUGUCAGGCAUAAACAAGCACUAAGGGAAAUGUUUACAUCUGAUGCUUGGAAAAACUCAAGGUUUGGAAUGGCAAAAUCAGGCCCAGCAUAUGAUUCAAAGAAAAUUAUCUUAGGCAAAGAGUUUUGGCAAAAGGCCUCUGAUAUAAUUAAAGUGCAAGAACCCUUGGUGAAAGUUCUUAAAUUGGUUGAUGGUGAUGAAAAACCAACCAUGGGCUUCAUAUACGAGGCAAUUGAUAGGGCGAAGUUGGCCAUUCAAAAAGAUUGCCGGUUUUACAAAGACUAUUGGAAAAUUAUUGACAACCGGUGGAGUUUUCAGUUGCACCAAGAUUUGCACGCUGCUGGGUAUUUUUUGAACCCACAAUUUCUUUAUGGUGCCCCACCCUCUCCUGAAGUUGCUAGAGAAGUCAUGGAUGGAGUUAAAAAAGUGAUAACCAAGUUGGUACCCGAUAUAGAUACUCAAAUUCGGGCUAUUAAUCAAUUGUUGCUAUAUCGAGAUAGGCAGGAGACUUUUGGAACCCCGUUGGCUCAAAGGGCAGUGAAACAAACAAAUCCUGCUGAAUGGUGGAUUCAUUAUGGCUUGUGUGCUCCUGAGCUCCAAAGAAUAGCAAUUAGAGUUCUUAGCCAGACCACAUCAGCUUCGAACUGUGAGCGUAAUUGGAGCACCUUUAGCCUCAUCCAUACGAAAACAAGAAAUAGAUUAAAGUAUAUGAGACUACAAAAACUUGUUUUCGUACAUUACAACAUGAGGUUAAAGUUAAGACGUACAAUGAGAAGAAGCCAACGAGAAAUUGAAGAGGGUUUCAAUCCUAUCAAUUUGGACUACAUUUUCGAAGAAGAUGAUCCUUUAAGUCAAUGGUUAGAGGAGAGAGAGACACCACUACUCGAUGGUCAGGACAAUUCAAAUUGGUUAAAUGAAGAGGUUGGUGGUACUACAGAAGGAGGUGAUCAACCACCAAUAAACGCGCAUGAUGAUUCAGGUUCAAGCCCUGAACGUACACAAAGUGAUGACAAUCUUGGUUUGAGCCCACCAAGUGAUGAUGAUGGUAAUAGUGGUGCUGGAGCUGGGGUUGGGGGGGGUGGCAGUGGUGGUGGUGGAGGCGGCGGUGUAGAAUAUAAUUAUGGAUAUGAUACAGGGACAUCAUUUGGAAGGGAUAUAUAUCCUUCUGAUCCUUAUGGAUUACAUGACAUACCUGAAAAUUAUGACUUGGGUAUUCCUCCAGGGAACCAAUCUUCACAACCCAGGAGAAGGAGGAGUGCUCGUGGUGACCCUAGCGAUUCUACUGAAGAUUCAUAUGGUGUGGUUCGUAGUUUUGGCGACUUUGGUUUAGAUGGUUCAUCAUCACAAUCAUUUGGAUCUCAUCCAGCAUAUCCACAUUAUGCAUCUCGUGACUCACAUUUUUAUCCCAGUGGAUUAGGAAUCUCAGGAUCUAGUGAGUCUUCUUCUACACACUACCCAGAGCCAGCCCCUGCCCCAACUUAUAGACAUUAUUCAGGAGAAUUUUCAUCACCAGUACAUUUUCAAGAGCAACAACAAAAUGAUGCAAACUUGGGUUCAUUCAACUAUGUAUUUCCACAAGGAUGGGGAGAUAAUUUCCCAUCCCAAUCUCAAGAUACAGAUGCAAAUUAUGAAGACCCUCCACGUCAUUCUUUUUGGUGGUGACAUGUGUUAUAUUAUAAAUUUGUAAUAUUGUAUUCAUGUAUUUUCAAUUAUUUAUUGAUAUUUGAUAUUAAUCACUUUUUAAAU